UUCUAAAAAUAAUUGAAAAUUAUCACAUCUAUAAAGAAUAUAAUAUAAAAAAUUGUAAUUACAAUAACUUUUUGAUAUAUUAAAAGAAUAAACAAUAAAAACCAUGCUUGUAUAGCAAUAAAUUUCUGAGAAAUUAAAAACAGUUGUGUAAAAUAGUGCAAAAACAAAAGAAAAAUCAUUGUUUUUAAACGAAAUGUAUUGAACAAAAACAAAAAGACCCCUGCCAAGAAACUCCCCUUAAAAAAAAGUGAGCUGCCAAAACCCAUAAAAACAUUAACUAUUGUAUUAGUAAUAAUAUUUACUAAAGUAUAGAAAUAUUUUGUUUUUUUUGGGGGGAAAAUGUUUAAAAUCGAUAACAAACAGGAGGGUACACCAGCCAUUAUGGAGCCUUACGAUUCUUUGACCUUCUACAAGGAAGAAGCUUUAAAACCUGAUGUUGUCAGUGAUGCUGAUUUUAAAUCAAUUACAAUUACUUCUACCGACUAUGAUGUUACGGACAAUUCAACAGAACGUUCAUUUCUACUUAUGGAUGGCAAUGAAAAGUUACACAUUUCAUCACCAGAAUUAUUUUGUAAACAAUUGAAAUGUUCCAAUACGGCCAAAAUUAAAGUGGUUACGAUAUUUGGCAAUACCGGUGAUGGUAAAUCACAUACCAUGAAUCAUGCCUUCUUCAAGGGAGAGGAAGUGUUUAAGACAUCACCCGAACAGAAUUCCUGUACACUAGGUGUGUAUGCGGCAAUGCAGCCAGAAUUGGGUGUAUUAUGUUUAGACACAGAGGGUUUACUCUCUACAUCAUCGCAAAGCAAUAGACGCAUGCGUAUGUUACUUAAGGUUUUAGCCAUAUCAGAUAUAGUUAUAUAUCGCACUAGAUCGGAGCGUUUGCACAGUGAUAUGUAUGAGUUUUUGGGCACCGCUUCUAAAGCAUUUUGUUUGCAUUUCUCUCAAGCCUUGCAAUCGUUGUCUAUGCAGGGCUCCGCUAACUUAGGGCCAGCGGUAAUAGUUUUUCAUGAAACUAGACACACUAAACCUUUGCAAAAUUCCGUCGAAGAAAGUGCUGAGGAAAAAAUGCGUGAAAGUUUUGCCCGUUUAAAUUAUGACAUUAAAGCAUUUAGUUCUUUACGUUAUGUGGGCAUACAAACCUCUUCAAGCGGCUCUACUGAUUACAGCAAAUUGAUAUUUGCUUUACGUUGUGAUUUAGAAAAUACCACUGUACGUUCACCCCGACCGCCCAAUGUUAUAUUCAAGGCUAUGCAUGCUUUGAAUAAGAAAUUUUCGGGUGAAAUUUCGGAAAAAUCUAUAAAUCCCUUUCCCGAACAGUAUUUCACUUGUCCCAUCUUGUGUGCCUCUUGCAAUCGUCGCUGCCAACGUUCCAUGGGUCAUGAUGGUGAAUCACAUCUUAAUUCCCAACCCUGCCAACAUCAGCAUCAAUUCGAAAACAAAGUAGAACUUUGUAAAUCUUGUUAUAAUAAUGGUCGUGAGGUUAUUGUUACACGCCUUGAUGGCUGGACUCACUGUUCGAUAAAUUGUCCACAUUGUGGUGAGAUAGCGCGUACAUUUAAAUAUUGGAAUGGUACACAAGAUUGUGAAGCUAUACGUACACAAACGGUACAUGUUUGGAAGGAUAGUAAUCUGUUGGCCAAAGGUCCUACGCAUUCGGGACAAAUGGUUUUAGAUAAGGUUUCGUAUGUGUGUGAAGCUUUUACAAAUUUUUCGUCACAACCUACGGGAGCCUUAAAGGAAUGGUGUGCCGACAAGGUGGCACCCAAAUACUGGAAGCCCAACAAUGAAAUAAUAUAUUGCUUUUCUUGUAAGAAAAACUUUGAAAAAACCGGUUUGCGUAAACAUCAUUGUCGUGGCUGUGGUGAGGGUUUCUGUGAUGCCUGCAGUCAAUAUCGUAUGCCAGUACCUGCCCGUAAAUGGUUCGAUUAUGUAAGAGUUUGCAGUGAUUGUCGCCAGCAAUUAUUGCAGCAACCAGAUUGCAUGCCAGCAUGUGAUCAACAAACUAUUGAUAAUGAUAAUAACUCUCCAAAUCAUUCGGCAGGAAUAAUGACAGCUAAUGCUACUACAUCAUCAGCGGGCAUUAUAGCAGAAGAAGAUGUAACGGUACGAAAAUGUGGUGAAACAUUAUAUAAUACGGUUAGUAAAGUGGCUUCAGCUGCCAUAGAAUGUACCAAAGAAAUUAUUAAAGAUACUGCACGACCCGAUUACUGGGUACCAGAUGCUGAAGCUGUACGCUGUCACAUUUGUAAAAUGCAAUUUGGCACUGCCGAGGAAUUGGCAUUGGCUCAUGUCUCUCUCGAUACGCCACAAAGUCCUCAGAAAGCAUUUAAAGGUGGUGAUUGUAAACGUCAUCAUUGUCGCAAAUGUGGUCAGGGUGUAUGUGCUGAUUGCUCGAAAACCCGUCGACCAGUACCUGAUCGUGGUUGGUUAGAUGAUGUACGUGUCUGUGAUGAAUGUGUUAAUGAUAUAUCAACUAAUGUAUCCCCAUCAAACGCUGCCGCCGCCGCCGCCAACACUAUCCUCUCCUCUUCAUCUAACAUUAAUCAGUCUCAUCAACAGCAAACGACGAAAUCCACUUUAGAUGAUCCAUUAAAAACCAAAGUUGAAUAAAAUCAUAUUCAUCAUCAUAUUUUAUAUGUUA